UUCCAAGAGUGACCGGGGAGAGCCGGAGAGGGGAAAAGUGGUUCGCUGGCUCUGAACUUCUAAUUCCAUGGCGUCUGCGUCGUCAAGCUCCACGGGGAGCGUCCAAAACCCUAAAAAACUGGGGCUAAUGGCAAACGCCAUGAAAAGGAAAGACAGCUUUAUCCAGCUUUUCGCCAUGACGGGAAUCUUUCUACUGAGCAUGAGAUCUCUAGGCCAGAAGUACCGCAUCAAUGAUCUCCAGGAAGACACUUCCGCCCUAAGAGAAGAGCAUGAAACCCUUACCGAAAGGAUGAAGAACAUCAAACGUGGGCUUUUCGACGAAGCAGCUCUCGAUUCCACCGGUCACUUCGCUUCCAGGCUGCGUCUCCUUUUUGCUGACGACGAGUGAUCAACAACAGUAUGUCAAGACGCUUUCAUGGCCUCUUUAUUUCAUCAAAAAGAAGCUGAAGUUUCAGACCUUUUUCAGCUUGCGACUAGCCAAAGAAUAGGAUUUAGGAGAAUCAAGGCUGAAUCCGAUUCUAAAGUUAUUGAAGCUAUUCUAACAGAGGGAUGGGAGUCUCAUUGAUGAAUUUAGGAGGAAUUCAAGUCAUUUCCAGUUUCCUUUCUUUCUUUAACUCCGAGAAACUUUAAUUAUCCAACUCCUGGUUUUGCUAGAUUUGCUCUUGGUUAAUAGACACUGUUUUUUGGCAUUUA